UGUAUUUCAAACUUGGGGGAAGGACUAUACGUAUAUGUAUCAUCCUAUGUUUGGGUCUUAUACUUGAAACGCUAGUUAUUCUAUAUUUAGCCUGCUACUCGCUCGGUACUUGUACUGACCCCUUCGGGGGGCCCCACCAUUCUCAGGUUGAAGCUAGGGCUUGCCACCUGCACCUUCCUACGGGUGACAUCAAAUCAAGGAAGACGUGGUUCGUGCUUCCUCAUUUUAUUUCAAAUUACCAACCAUUGCUCAUGGAUAUUUUUAUUUGUUAUAAACUAUUCUUUUGGGGCUUGCAUGCCCAUGUUAUUGGCCGGUUGUGGCUUAUGACUUACCGUUGAAUAUUUCCGCUAUUCAUUGGUUUAAAUGUGAUGUUGUUAUGUAUGUUUACUACUGAGUAUGGAUGGAUUAUUUUUCUCGAACGCCUUGUGUAAUCAAGUGAGGUUGACUCGCGGGUGACAUCACUUGAUUUCACGGCGGUUGUACACGCGCUUGGAUUGCGGUCUGGGGCGUGACAAUUAAGUGGUAUCAGAGCCAUCUCAGUUCUAAACUAUAUAAUCAACCUCUCACAAAAGAUUUUACAAAAGAGUUCUUACCGAAAACCAUGAGCAUUGUAUUUUGACGUUUAUAGGACUAUUGGUGCUUAAGUUGCAAGGCCUCUAAUUGUUAAGACGGUACCCUUAACAAUUGGUAUGGUGGUGACUUGGGUCGAUACGUGUCUAUAACGUUUUUCUGUCAAUUGACAUUCAUAGGAGUCUAAAGACUCGUCCAAAUUCCGUUUCAGAAAUGGAGGGUAAGCGAAUGGCAACAAGAAAUGACCCUAAGGGACAAGCGUCGGUAGCUUACCUUGAGGCUAGCCGGGCUGUGUCACGAGCCUUUACGGGGAGAGGAAUAGGCCAUGGGGGCCGUGAGGGCCGCCAAGCGGCAAACGCUAAUCAAGUGGGCUCGAUGUGUAACAUGAACACCAGGAGGAACGAACGUAGGCGUCAGGCGAGGCGAGAUCGGGCCACCUCCCAACGUAAUAUGACUGUCAGCCAAACCCAUCCUUGGGCAAACGACCAAGGAGGAGAAAGCACUCUUACGGCACCGGCAUCACCGGUGAAAAAGAAAAGGAACUCAAAGUGGCACACGUCCUUUCCUUACUCCUUAAGACCAUCCAAAUGUUCUAAUUGCUCUAAGAAACAUUUUGGAAAGUGCAACGAGCCCCCGAUGUGCUACAAAUGUGGGAGCACAACCCAUAUGAAAUUAAGUUGCCCAUGGAGGAGGCAACGAGAGACAUUGCAAGCCGAGGAAGGGCUCACCGUGGAAGGAAACCAUACGGAACCAACGAUGAGCAACGCUACGUCCGUCAAUCAAGGCGGGGCCCAAGCAAGGGUCUACGCAAUGACCGAGGCGGAUGCGAGAGCAAACCCGGACUCCGUUGCAGGUUGAAGCUAGGGCUUGCCACCUGCACCUUCCUACGGGUGACAUCAAAUCAAGGAAGACGUGGUUCGUGCUUCCUCAUUUUAUUUCAAAUUACCAACCAUUGCUCAUGGAUAUUUUUAUUUGUUAUAAACUAUUCUUUUGGGGCUUGCAUGCCCAUGUUAUUGGCCGGUUGUGGCUUAUGACUUACCGUUGAAUAUUUCCGCUAUUCAUUGGUUUAAAUGUGAUGUUGUUAUGUAUGUUUACUACUGAGUAUGGAUGGAUUAUUUUUCUCGAACGCCUUGUGUAAUCAAGUGAGGUUGACUCGCGGGUGACAUCACUUGAUUUCACGGCGGUUGUACACGCGCUUGGAUUGCGGUCUGGGGCGUGACAAAUAAUGACGAUGAUGAUGAUGAUGGUGUUUCAAUUCAAAGGCCUGUGGGAAGGGGAGAUAUCAAGGUGGCUGAUUUGUCAUUGUUGGAGCAAGCUCAUCGCACUGUUUUAUUUAAUACCCCACAAGUUCAGCCCUACAUACAGGAGCAUAUGUUGCACCUACAAUCGAAGUUUGUUGGCUGUUGUGAAACAGAACAUUAUCGUACAUUUACUGAGUGGUUUGAAGACAAGGUGAGAGGUGAAGUUGCCAAGGGUGUUAUUGUAGACGAAACAGUGAGGUGUUUAGCUAAAAAACCAAACACAAGUGUGACGUUAUAUGCCGGGUAUAUUGUCAAUGGCUACAAUUUCGCCACGAAGGACAAAGACUCAAUUCGUGUUACCCAAAACAGUGGUGUUACCCUUGUAGCAGACACAAUUGAAGUCUCAAGUUCUAAAGACAGCAGCUUCUAUGGCGUUCUAGAUGAAAUUUGGGUUUUGAACUAUCUCAUGACCAAGAGGGUGGUAUUCAAGUGUGAUUGGGUUGAUAGUAGACAUAUAAAGAAAGAUAAAUUGGGCUUCACGGUAGUCGAUCUGAAUAAAAUUGGUCAUAGAAAUGACUGUUUUAUUUUGGCUUCUCAUGCUAAACAAGUCUUCUAUGUAAAAGAUCAACUUGACCCUAAAAAAUCAAUUGUAUGUUCAGUUGGUCAGAGAGCAAGUAACAACUUAGAUUUCGGAUCUGCUGAAAUUGUUAUACAUGAACCACUAACAUUAAAAUAUCCACUGCCUGUUAUUGAUUUGGAUAAUCUGGAUGAUGACCAGAUUUAUACUAGAGUCGACGUGGAUGUGAUUCCUACACUUAAUUGAUCUGAAAUCGACUCCAUUCUUUUAUUCUUUUAUUCUUUUAUUCUUUGUAAGUAAUUGCUUUACAUUCCUCUCUUAAUUAAGGUUGUUCUUGUCUUGUAUACAUUAUGUUACUGUUUGAAUAGAGCUACUUUUCCUUGUUACAGUGAGCCAUGUCGAGUGUUCCAGAAUAUACUGAUGAGUUCGAUGAUGAUGUUGAGGACUUCCCUAAGGAGUGUAUAAUGAGGCCACAGAGGAGACAGAAAACGAAGAAAAAAAUGUUGCUGCAGAAAGCUAGUGAUGACAGAAUAACGGUGGAGGUGAAUGCAUUUGGUGUUCAUUGCGGUGAUGGCUGGACAAACCUGACUAACUACUGUGGCGUCUUGGUAAAGGAUUAUGUUUCGAUUAUCUAUGACGACUGGCGACAUGUACCUGAUAAAGUCAAAGAUGAGUUGUGGAAAUAUCUUCUGGAACUGUUUGUGCUAACUUCAAGGUCUAAGAAGCAAGUUUUUGCCACCAUGAGUGUUGCUUUGAGACAAUUCCGGUUUGAGUUACGGAAUGAUUUCAUCUUACAGCACAUGGAUGAUUUGACAAAGCUAAGAUACCCUCCUGAACGGUAUAAGCAUAUUCGCACUGAUGAGUGGAGAGUCUUUGUGAAGAAGACUUUCACAGAAGAGUUUCAAGUAAAGAGUCAAAGAGGAAAAGAUAUGAGGAAAAAGAACAAGUAUAACCAUCGUUUGGGUUCUACUGGUUAUGCAGGCUUACUCAAGAAGAAGGAAAAGGAGCUUGGAGCUAAUGUUGUGGACAUUGAUCGAGCGGAUACAUGGGUAUGGGGCCAUCAGGGCAAAGAUGGAGAAUUUGAUGAUGAAGUGAAAGCUAUUGUAGAAAAAAUAGUGGCUGUAGAGGUUGAAAAGCCGGCUCAUACUCCCAAGAAAACACGCAUCCAUAGUCAACUGAGUAAAUCUCCUAGACACACCUCUGUAGAGAAAGAAGUUGCAUCGCCAAUAACUGGACCAAAGCCCAACAAACAGAGAAAGGACAAAAAACCAGAGGUGUAUUCUGAAAAAUCACCAAAGGAAGUUGAUGUUGAUGACGACAUGGGUUGGCUAGAAGAGCCCGUGGCAGUCCACUUUGGUGCAGAUGAAGAACAACAAUGCACCAAAACUAAGAAGUUUCAAAGGUGCACUCCUAAGAAGAUUGAAACAAAUUCCCGGCUUCCCAGAAGAUCCCCGCGACACAUAUUACACAAGACUGACACACCAUUUGAAGGUGUAAAGGAAGAAUUGGGGAAUGAUGGUGUGGAAGUGUUGAAAGUCAACAGGUCUCAAAUGAAAAAGAAAUCGGUUCCUGUCAGAAAGCUUACUAUGCAACGAACAACAAGGUCCAUAGUAGAGAAAAGACAAGGACAAAGCAUGAACAUGAAGAUGUUCUCCAUCCUGAUUGAGCGAUGCCUGGGAGAUGGGUACAUGAUACCGAAUGACGCAGAGGUGUUUGGGUUUCCAACAAAAUCUGUUUUCAAUAAGGAAAUGUGCCGCAUAGUGAUCAAAUGUGAGAAGGUCUCAAACUCUGUGAUAGAAAUUUGGUGCAAGAACCUUUAUGAAAAAAUGUUGGAGGAUGGAGGGGAAAUGCCUGUCCAGUUUGGUACAUCAGCUGCUAUACCACGUCCAAAGAGACCAUCUCAUGAUUCCAUCACAAGGAGGUCACAAUACGUAUCAGAUCUUUUGGGUGUCGGUUUACUUGGACAAAUCACUUUACUCCCGUACAAUUCAGG